UUUCUCUCAGCGGCUGCAACUGCUGCUGCGAGAGAAAUUGGAGCUGCUGUCGCCGGGCACGCCCGCCCUCCCCCCACUCCGAAGAGCCACCGCCUCUUCUUUCGUGCUUCUUAUACACCUAUCGCCGGCAGCGCCGGCAGCCACAGUCUGUGGACUCACUGCCGCCUCCUCAGGCAGCCGCUCUGCAGGUCAUUCCCUCAGCCCGGCAACUGAAAGCGAGCGGCCCCCGGGUCCUAUCCGGCGCCUCACUCCAAAUCUUUGAACUCCCUCCUCCGCCUUGUCUGGGACCCAAGCAGUCUCCAGGGUCGCCGGGUGGAGGACGACGAAGAGGGGACGGGAGAGUCACCCUUCUUCCAGGCGGCGUCGGCCCCCUCACCCGCGGGUGUGUCCUAUAAAUGGCGUCGGAAAGCGACACGGAGGAAUUCUAUGAUGCCCCUGAAGAUGUGCACCUAGGGGGAGGCUACCCUAUAGGGUCUCCAGGAAAAGUUGGACUUUCAGAAUUCAAGGAAUCUGAGAGCAUUGCAUAUGAUGUUGAAAAUGAGUCCCCUAUACAAGAAUUGAAACAAGAUGUGUCUAAGAAGAUAAUUGACAGUAUUAUUGAGGAGCGUCAGAAAGUGCUUCAGCUUGAAGGUGACUCUUUGGAUUCUGAAGAAAAAGGACUCUCUGAUCAAGCUGCUGCCAGUCCUGCUGUACCUGAGACAGAUCUUAUUAAUAUACCUGGACUGUUAGCUAUAGAACAAGUACUACAGGAAGAUUCCAAAAAGGCAGAGAGGCAGAAUAUGUUUGAAGAAACUGAAUUGGAAUCUAAAAAAUGUUCUUCUCCUGUUGACACCUGUGAGAAGAUGGAUGAAACCACUGACAUAACUGAACUAAGUUCCACUGAACAGUUUAAUGUGCCUGAAAUGGAAACAGAAACAUUGAACAAGGAAGCAAUGGAAGUCAAAGAAAGUGAUGUUCUAGAUCCUGCCUCCUCAGACUCUUUCUCUACUAAAGAACUUGCUGCUGUGGAAGAAGUAGCUCCUGCCAAACCCCCAAGACACCUCACUCCAGAACCUGAUAUUGUAGCUAGCACCAAGAAGCCUGUUCCAGCACGCCCACCCCCUCCAACUAAUUUCCCACCUCCUAGACCCCCACCGCCCUCUCGACCUGCUCCACCACCAAGAAAAAAGAAAAGCGAACUGGAAUUUGAAGCUCUGAAAACACCUGAUCUAGAUGUACCUAAAGAGAAUAUUACAUCUGAUUCUCUCCUAACUACCCACCUGGCUUCAGAGAGUACACUUAGGGAUUCCCAGCCUUCUCUUGAUUUGGCAAGUGCUACCAGUGGAGAUAAAAUAGUUACAGCCCAGGAAAAUGGAAAAGCACCUGAUGGGCACACAAUAGCAGGUGAAGUGAUGGGUCCUCAGAGACCCAGAUCCAACUCCGGGAGAGAACUUACUGAUGAGGAAAUUUUAGCUAGUGUAAUGAUUAAGAACCUAGACACUGGAGAAGAAAUACCUUUAAGUCUUGCUGAAGAGAAACUGCCAACAGGUAUUAAUCCUCUGACUCUACAUAUCAUGAGAAGAACCAAGGAAUAUGUAAGUAAUGACGCAGCUCAGUCAGACGAUGAAGAGAAGCUACAGUCUCAAGCAACAGAUACUGAUGGUGGACGGUUAAAACAGAAAACAACCCAACUAAAGAAAUUCCUUGGAAAGUCAGUAAAGAGAGCAAAGCACCUGGCUGAGGAAUAUGGGGAACGUGCUAUAAAUAAAGUUAAAAGUGUAAGAGACGAAGUGUUUCAUACUGAUCAAGAUGAUCCUUCAUCAAGUGACGAUGAAGGAAUGCCCUAUACAAGACCAGUUAAAUUCAAAGCAGCACAUGGUUUCAAAGGACCUUAUGACUUUGAUCAAAUCAAAGUGGUACAAGAUCUUAGUGGCGAACAUAUGGGAGCUGUUUGGACCAUGAAAUUUUCUCACUGUGGUCGAUUACUUGCCUCAGCUGGACAAGACAAUGUCGUGAGAAUAUGGGCUUUAAAAAAUGCUUUUGACUAUUUCAACAAUAUGCGAAUGAAAUAUAAUACUGAAGGACGUGUAUCCCCAUCACCUUCUCAGGAAAGUCUAAGUUCAUCAAAAUCUGAUACAGAUACAGGGGUAUGUGGUGGAACUGAUGAAGACCCUGAUGACAAAAAUGCACCGUUUCGGCAACGGCCCUUCUGCAAAUAUAAAGGACAUACUGCUGAUCUCCUUGAUCUUUCUUGGUCUAAAAAUUACUUUCUGCUUUCUUCUUCGAUGGAUAAAACAGUCCGGUUAUGGCACAUUUCUAGAAGAGAAUGCCUUUGCUGUUUCCAACACAUAGAUUUUGUCACUGCCAUAGCUUUUCAUCCAAGAGAUGAUAGGUAUUUUCUAAGUGGGUCAUUGGAUGGAAAGCUCCGCCUUUGGAACAUACCUGAUAAGAAAGUAGCUUUGUGGAAUGAAGUAGAUGGCCAGACAAAAUUGAUCACAGCUGCAAAUUUCUGUCAGAAUGGGAAAUAUGCAGUAAUUGGGACUUACGAUGGUAGAUGUAUCUUCUAUGACACAGAGCAUUUGAAAUACCAUACACAAAUACAUGUCCGAUCUACUAGAGGGCGCAACAAGGUUGGAAGAAAAAUUACUGGCAUAGAACCUUUACCUGGAGAAAAUAAGAUACUGGUAACCUCAAAUGACUCCAGAAUCAGACUGUAUGACCUCAGAGACUUGUCACUGUCCAUGAAAUAUAAGGGUUAUGUUAAUAGCAGCAGCCAGAUCAAAGCCAGUUUCAGCCAUGAUUUCACUUACCUCGUUAGCGGUUCAGAAGAUAAAUAUGUUUAUAUCUGGAGUACUUACCAUGAUCUAAGCAAGUUUACUUCAGUCAGAAGGGAUCGCAAUGACUUCUGGGAAGGUAUUAAAGCACAUAAUGCAGUUGUUACAUCAGCCAUCUUUGCUCCAAACCCAAGUUUGAUGUUAUCUUUGGAUAUGCAGUCUGAAAAAUCAGAAGGAAAUGAUAAAAGUGAAGAUGCAGAAAUUUUGGACUCCACAUCUACUGGUAUUGGGAAGACAGAUAACACAGAAGUUCUUCUCUCUGCUGACUUCACUGGAGCAAUCAAAGUGUUUAUUAACAAAAGGAAAAAUAUAUCUUAAUUUGAAAUUACAUUUAAAAAUAAGCUUAUCAGUAAGUUUCUAUAUGUAUCAGAACUGAAAAAAGUAUGUAGUGUUUCAGGCUAACAUUUUUUUAAACUUUUAUUGAAAGUUGUUCAUGUGUAAUAUAUUUUUGAGAGGCAGUGUUAGUGAUCUAGGGAGCCGUGGACUAAUAGACUAGGUGAGAAUGUGGCUAGAUUAACAUUGCCAAGCUUUAGGCUUUAUUUUUUUUGUUAUGUUUGUGUUUUGUUAUAUAAUUAGGAACAUGCACAAGUUUCUGCAUGAAAAGAUAUUAAUAUAUUAAUCACAUGUGCGUGCCUUUUGGUUUCAUGCACUAAAUCUAACAAAGUUAAAUUAUUUUAGUGGCUCUUUUGGCCUCUUAUGGGGGGAUAGUCUUGUUUUUAGUUUAAACAAUUUCUUUUGCACAACAAAAUUUCAUUUUUAAGAAAAGUGAUAUCUUUUGACUGAGUUAUUGUUUUGAAAAAUGUUAUAUAGAUUUUUCAGUAGGUCAAUAACCAUGUAUAAAUGGUUUUUAUAAAUUUCUCAAUUUGGGGACAAGAUUUUUUUUGUGGUCUAAAUUGUGGACUUGAGAUUCUUUUCUUUGUAAGUGUAUAUAUACAUAUAAAUAUAUAAUUUUUUUUCUUUGCCACACUGGAGCACAAUGUUUCUAUGUAAAGAAUUCUUUUCAUUCUUUAUCCAUGAGCACCAGGCUUUGCUCACUUAAAAAAAUAAGCCACAUUAAGGAGUGAGUCUUCUUUUUUACAAUAAUGUAAAAACGAACUGUUUACAUUUUUUAAAGCAUUGUAGUUUUUAAAAAUUCAGCUGUUUUGUUUUAUGUUGUUGAAUUUGAAAGCCUUUGUAAAUAUCAGUAUAGUGUACCAAUGACAUAACAUAUGGGGCAAUGGAGCCCUGAUUAUGUUGUUGAUGGUUGGCAUAUGUUCCUGAAAAUUAAAUGUGCAUUAUUAAAACUUGGUCGAAAGCA